CACAACACACAUACAUACAUCUACAGUUUAACCAUGAAGCUUCAUAGGCUCGCCUUAGUUUUGCUAGUAGCUGUUGCGACUUGCAAAGCUGCAGAUGAAAAAAUUACUUGUGAAGAGAAGGAACCAUUCACAUGUAGCAACACUGAACGUUUAAACAGUACAAGUUUCGGAAAAGACUUCAUCUUCGGUGUUGCAUCUUCUGCUUACCAGGUCGAAGGAGGCAGGGGUCGUGGUUUUAACGUUUGGGAUGAAUUCACUCACCGGUACCCAGAGAAAGCCGGAAAAGAUUUGGCGAAUGGAGACACUACUUGUGAGUCAUAUACGAGAUGGCAGAAAGAUAUAGACAUUAUGGACGAACUCAAUGCUACGGGCUACAGAUUCUCCUUUGCGUGGUCAAGGAUCAUUCCAAAAGGAAAGGUGAGUAGGGGAGUGAACCAAGGAGGUCUUGAUUACUACCACCAACUCAUAGAUGGCCUCCUUGCAAAGAAGAUAACGCCUUUCGUUACCCUCUUUCACUGGGACCUUCCUCAAACAUUGCAAGAUGAGUAUGAAGGUUUCUUGGACCGCACGAUCAUAGAUGAUUUUAGAGAUUAUGCGGAUCUAUGUUUCAAGGAAUUUGGUGGAAAGGUAAAGCACUGGAUCACAAUCAACCAGUUGUACACAGUGCCUACGAGAGGCUAUGCAAUCGGAACAGAUGCACCGGGUCGAUGUUCUCCUGCGGUUGAUGACAGAUGUUACGGAGGAAAUUCUUCGACCGAACCCUAUAUCGUUGCACAUAACCAGCUUCUUGCUCAUGCCGCAGUGGUUGAUCUUUACAGGACGAAAUAUAAGUUCCAAGGAGGGAAGAUCGGUCCUGUGAUGAUAACUAGAUGGUUUCUUCCAUAUAACGAGACUGAUGAGGGAUGCAUUAAUGCAACUAAGACGAUGAAAGAAUUCUUCUUUGGAUGGUUCAUGGAGCCGCUAACAAAGGGUAAAUACCCAGACAUCAUGAGGAAAAGUCUGGGUCGUAAGCUUCCCGACUUCACUGAAGCAGAAGCCAAACUCGUUGCUGGUUCAUAUGAUUUUCUUGGUCUCAACUAUUACGUCACUCAGUACGUCCAACCAAAUAAUACCAUAGUCCCUCCCGAAAACCACACUGCCAUGAUGGACCCAAACACAACGCUCACAUAUAACAAUUCACGUGGUGAAUUUAUUGGUCCUGUGUUCUCUCUAGAGGACGACCCAACAAAAAACGCCUAUUACUACCCAAAAGGCAUUUAUUACGUUAUGGACUACUUCAAAAACAAAUAUAGUGACCCUUUAAUCUAUAUCACCGAGAACGGAAUUAGUUCCUUCGGUAACGAAACCCGCGAGGUGGCUGUUAACGAUACCAAGCGGAUUGAUUAUCUCUGCAGUCAUCUUUGCUUUCUCCGUAAGGUCAUCAAGGAGAAGGGUGUCAACGUGAAAGGAUACUUUGCAUGGUCUCUUGGUGAUAACUAUGAAUUCUGCAAAGGCUUUACUGUCAGAUUUGGACUCAGUUACGUUAACUGGACAGACCUCAAUGAUAGAAACCUCAAGGCUUCUGGCCAAUGGUUCCAGAAGUUCAUUAACGUUACCACCAUCAAACCUCCAGCUGCCAAACAAGACUUCCUCCGCUCAGGCCUCUCCUUCAAGAACAAGAAGCUCGCAGAUGCAUGA